AUGGCCCGACCUGCUGAAGACACAACUUGGACGCCCUGCGUGUUUCAAAACAAGCUCAAUGAAUCGUUGUUAUGUCUCAUGUUUGUUGGUCAUCUGUGUCAUGGAGCAGAUAUCAGCCAGCGCCGCCUUACAACAGGGCAUGAUGUCUUCAGAGAGUACCGCAGUCCCAACCCGCUACGAUAUUGCAUCAUGUCGGCAUCUAGCUACCACAAAACUCUGAUCAGUUCAACCACUGCCGCUAAGCCAAAGGUCAUCGGUCUGUACGGCCUUCCUGGAGCGGGAAAGACGACCCUGCUCGAUACGCUACUGCGGGAGGAGAGUCUUCGCAACUAUCUGUUUGUUGAAGGAUCCGAACAAGUCGCAAAGAUCACGGGACUAGGCGGUAUCGAAACGUUCAAGAAACUCCCGGAAGCACAGAAGCUGCAGAUCCGACACAGGGAAGCUCGAGGUCGUCAUGAGCGAGAAGGUAAGGAUCGUCUGGAGGAGUGGCAAGACCAAGAGGGAAGCCAACUGCGAAAGCUCUGCCGCGAGCAUGACAUUCUGUUCACGACGAUCAUUGGAGAGAUUGAGACCGUGCACUCAAAGGCCCUGCGACUUGUGCAAGACUUUGGCGUUCACGAUGAGCUCUACAAUCUUCAGCAAGCCGAGAAAGCGCUGGACGACGUUGUCAGCGCGCUGUCGGCAUCGAUACCACCUGGCGGGAUAGAGACGAUGCUGGUUCUCGAUGGCGAUAAGACGCUGGGUCCGUAUGAUACGGGAAAGCUGUUCUUUCAGGCCUACCAGGAAGUCAGAGGUUCAGCGCUUCGGGAAAAGAACCUGAUCAAGGCAGCAAUCAACGACCAGUCGAAGCUGGAUAAGCGCAUGACGGCUUUGAGUGGAGGGGCGGGCUCCACGGAAGAUCCGCUGAAAACACUGUUCAGCAGUCCUCUCAAGUACUCGUACAAUGCGUUCCGCCAAGCCACGCUCAUGUACGACGAGACAGGGCCAACAUGUGAGACGGUCUGCAUGCGAGUUGCUGGCGUAAUCAACAUGUGCUGUAAGUCUGUCUGGGAGGACGUAAUCAAGAGAUACGAGCUUUCCAACCGGGUCAAAGUGAUGGGCGGUGGGCACAUCACUGACGGACUGGUGAUGAUGCAAGGGGUCAAGGGUGCGCUUGUGCACCGCCUGAGGCACCACCAUGGCGCAUACGUGUGGGCUUUCGGAGACAGCUCGCUUGACAUGGACAUGCUUAAGGAGGCCGACCAAGCCCUCGUCGUUGUUGGAGAGGAGAACCAACGCAGCAAGUCAAUGGAGGAAUGCCUCCGCGGACCCAUCGACCACGACGGCCUUCGUGUGCGCCAGGUACUGCUUCCGGAGGGUAUUGGCAUUCGUGGCUUGCUCCAUCCUGUGCGCCUUCCGAUCGUGACUAUGCAAGAUGUGGUCCCCAACAUAUUUGACCUGAAGGAUGUCGACUUGGAGGAUGUUGUCGUCGACUUCCAGUUCGCCACCAACGAAGGCGCAGAGAAGUUAAUGACGACGCCCACCCGCAACGCCGCUCUUCGUGGUGUUCCUCUCCGUGAAGCGCACCGCAACAUCGGAGAGUAUCUCGCCCGUCUGUUCCUCCCCGAGAAGCUCGGCCUUGAGAAAUAUGAGAUGACCCGUGUUCAGCAAGGCAAGAUCACGGAAGGCCAUCGACUGCGUGACGAGGAGAAGACUUUGAUUGUAGCUCUCAUGCGUGGUGGAGAGCCCAUGGCGCUCGGUGUCAGCAACGUCCUACCUCUUGCUGGCUUUCUGCAUGCCAAAAAACCAGAGCAGGUAACGCCGGGCCACGUCGCUGGGCAGUCCGCGGUCAUCCUAGUCGACUCAGUCAUUAACACCGGCGCAGAGACCCAGCAAUUCGUACGUCACGUGCGGAGCCUGAGCGCCGACAUCCGAAUCGUGGUAAUGGCCAACGUCGUGCAGGCCGAUUCCGUCUCCGCUGAUGGUGUGCUUACAGCGCUAGGUCGUGAGCUGAAGUUCAGUCUCAUCGGCUUGAGGACGUCGGACAAUAUGUUCAAAGGUAAGGGAGGGACUGAUACCGGCAAUAGGCUGUUCAACAUCACCCAGCUUGACUGAUAGGCGAGAGGAAGAGUUUGUGGAAUGGCUUGCAUGGCUGAGCGCACGACCGUGGUCUGGUUCGCGAUUCUCAUGAGACUGGCUGUUCUCCAAGGUUGUUCUUUCGGCAUCGACCACAUUGUACAGUAUGCUCUGGCGAGCAGAGCUUGUCGUGCCGGUACCGGAAUGGAUUUGCCUUUGCAUAGGCAUGUGGCGUAACAGUUCGGCUGACUGCCAGCAACAGUCAUGUACG